UAGUAUGAAACUUUUUAAGUGCUAUACACUAUCAGUUUUGUGAGGUUAGUCUACGUGGGUCUUUGCCCUGAUCACUUUACGGUCUCUAAUGAAGGAUGUGAAUUAUCCUUCAAAAUUAAUAGGGAUCGAUGCAUAUAAGUUUGUUCUAACAUGUUGAAUUAUAAAAUACCAAACCAAACCAAACCAAGCCUUAAGUCUCAAUCAAUUGGAGUCGGCUACAUGAAUCCGUAUUUUCCAUUUAGCUCUGUCGAGGGCUUCGUGUUCCGUAAUAUCAAGUGAACCUAGAUCCUUGCGCACUACCACUUCUAAUGUCAAUUUCGGUCGACCUCUUCCCUUAGUGUUAUCACCUAUGGAAAGCAUAUCACUCCUCCUAACUAUUGCGUUAACAGGUCUACGAUAGACAUGACCAAACCACCUUAACUAAAAUGCACUAGGUAAAGCCUGACGAAGUCCACCAAAAUGUGAAAUGAACAUUAUGUCUCAAUAAUCAAAUUUUCAUUUUAUGCACACUUUAAAAGGAGAUGAAACAACGUUAACAAUCAUUCCUCUCUCCAAAAAGUUCUGACACGAGCAAAAACUAUAGUAUUGUAAUCUCCCUCUCUCUCUCUCUCUCUCUUGUAGGCAUGCAGGAGCAUCAAAGAUACUGUUCCCAGCUGCUUGUGUUACUAGUACUCUUCAUUAUAAGCCUUUAUGUUGUGCCAAUAUUGGGUAAAAAUGGCAAUGGCUUAAUAGAAGUUGAUGUUGGGGUGAUUCUUGAUGCGGAUGAUCAUAUGGUUGGAAAGGUUAGCCAGACUUGCAUAUCUAUGGCCCUUGAAGAUUUCUAUACAUUAAAUCAAAAUCACAGUACAACGAGGAUUGUACUUCACAAAAGGGAUUCCAAAGGUGAUGUUGUGGAGGCAGCAUCUGCUGCUAUAGACUUGCUGAAAAAUGUCCAAGUACAGGCAAUACUAGGUCCACAAAGAUCCUCAGAAGCAGAAUUUGUGAUUGACAUUGGGAACAAAACGCAAGUUCCUAUCAUUUCUCAAGCAACGAGUCCUUCUCUCUCACCCGCGCACAACCCCUACUUCAUUCGAGGGGCACAGAAUGGCUCUUCUCAAGUUGAAUCCCUUACCGCUAUAGUUCAGGCCUUCGGUUGGAGGGAGGUAGUGUUGAUUUAUGAAGACACCAACUAUGGGAGGGGCGUAGUGCCUUUUUUAAUUAAUUCUUUCCUAGGGAUCAAUACUCAAGUCAGGUACCAGAGUGUUUUGUCUCUUUCAGCCUCGGAUGAUCAUAUUCUUGAAGAACUCUACAAGCUCAUGACAAUGCAAACCAGGGUUUUCGUGGUACAUAUGUUACCAUUUCUGGCUUCUCGCUUUUUCACAAAAGUGAAACAAGCUAAAAUGAUGAACACGGGAUAUGCCUGGAUCAUUACGGAUGGGCUUACAUCUCUCUUGGAUUCAAUGGAUCCUACAGUUAUAAAUUCUAUGCAAGGGGUGAUAGGUGUGAAACCUUAUGUUCAAAAAACUAGUCAGCUUAAAAACUUCAAAGUGAGAUGGAAAAAGAGAUUUCGUCAAGAGAAUCCAGACGUGGAUAUAUUUGAAAUGAAUGUGUUUGGGCUCUGGGCAUAUGAUAGCGUCACAGCAUUAGCAAUGGCAGUAGAGAGAUCUGGAAUUGGUGCAUCAAAGUUCAAAAAACUAGUUACUAAAGAGAACUUGACAGAUUUAGCAGCAAUAGGAAUCUCAAAAAUGGGACCAAGGCUCCUUCAAUCACUCCAGAACAUUGAAUUCAAUGGCUUGAAUGGUAAAUUCCAUCUACUUAAUGGACAAUUACAACUAUCAUCCUUUCAAAUAGUCAAUGUAAUUGGAAAAGGGGACAGAAAAAUUGGAUUUUGGACACGAAAAUAUGGCAUAUCAAAAAAUCUGCGCUUGCCCAUUAGUAAGAAUUACUCGACCAACAAAGAUGAUCUUGGAGCUAUCAUAUGGCCUGGUGAAUCAAAUGUUGUGCCUAAAGGUUGGGAGAUGUCGAUAGGUGAAGCAAAGUUGAGGGUUGGGGUUCCUGUCAAUGCUAGAUUUAAAGAAAUUGUCUCGGUGAGAAGGGAUCCUCAAACUAAUGCCGUGAUUGCCACUGGUUUUUGCAUAGAUGUGUUCAAAGAAGUCAUGGACCAUUAUUUGCCAUAUGCUGUCCCCUACGAGUUUCUUCCGUUCGAAACUCCUGAUGGCAAGAACGCUGGAAGUUACAAUGAUCUUGUGUAUCAGAUCUUUCUUGGGAAUUACGAUGCUGUAGUGGGUGAUGUAACCAUCCUAUCAAACAGAUCUAGAUUUGUUGAUUUUACAUUGCCAUACAUGGAGGCUGGUGUGGCAAUGAUCGUUCCAUUCGAAGAUGAUGACAGGAAGAAUGCAUGGAUUUUCAUGAAACCCCUAAAAAUGGAUUUGUGGUUCACAACGGGGUUUUUCUUCGUCUUCACUGGAUUUGUGGUUUGGGUUGUUGAGCAUCGUGUAAACGAAGAAUUCCGUGGCCCACCGGGCAAGCAAGUUGGAAUGAUAUUUUGGUUCUCCUUCUCCACACUUGUUUUUGCCCACAAGGAGAAGUUGACCAGCAACUUAUCUAGAUUUGUUGUAAUCGUGUGGAUUUUCGUGGUUCUGGUACUCACAUCGAGUUAUACUGCGAGCUUAACAUCAAUGUUGACAGUGCAAAAGCUAAAGCCUUCUAUCACAGAUAUAAGAGACCUCAUACAUCGUAAGGAGUAUGUUGGCUACCCGGAGGGUUCUUUUAUCGAGGGGCUACUGAAGAAUAAGGAAUUUGAUACCUCCAAGUUGAAGAAUUAUAGCACGUUGGAAAAGUUUGAUGAAGCCCUUUCCAAAGGAAGUAAGAAUGGAGGAGUUGCUGCGAUUUUCCUGGGGAUCCCUCACAUAAAGCUCUUCCUUUCCAAUCCCAAAUACUGUACUAAGUACACCAUGGUAGGACCUAUCUUCAAUACUGCAGGCUUGGGGUUUGCAUUCCCAAAGGGAUCUCCCCUAGUACCUGACGUAUCAAGAGCAAUCUUAAAUGUAACAGGGCAAGAUAUAAUGACAAGAAUCAAAGAAAAAUGGUUGGGGGAAGGAGCUACUUGUGCAGAGCAAGAUGGUGCCAAGGUCGUCUCCGACAGUCUCACGCUCGAUAGCUUCAAGGGUCUUUUCAUAGUGGCCGCUAUAGCUUCAUUUUUUGCUCUCAUCUUAUUCUUGUCAAUCUUCCUAUUUGAGAAUUGGGACACCUUAGCCUCUCAUGAAUUGUCAAUAAGGGAAAAGCUUAUAGCAAUGGCUAAAACUUUCCAUGAAGAAAAAGACAAUUCAUCUUAUGCAUCCAAGAGAAAACCCGCCACAGGCGAAGGUAUGGGAGUGCCUGCAACAACAACAGCUGAUUGUCCACAAAGUCCAGCAACAAGUGAUUCUCGGCUUGCUGAAUGGAUUUUCUCACACGGUGAAGGGCUUUCUACAACAGAAACCAGUACCCCAAUUCAUGAAACUAUAGAAAUUGUAGAAAGUAGUGAAGAAAGAUGAUCAUAUGAAUUGCUAGAAACGUGAACAUUCUAAUUUGUUUUCUUGUACAACUCGAGCAAGAUGUAUAGACCGUAGGUAUCCAGUUAGUUGGGAGGUAUUUACACGUCUAAUCUCAUGAUAUGGCGCACCACCAAAUCCUUUCUUUUAUAUAUACACCUUCAUGUCGAACAAUUCCUUAUAGUUCUUUCGAGCGAGUUGACAAACCAUCCAUUGACAUUCAAUGUAACGAAAUGCAAGACUUUCCCAUACACAAUACAUCCAUUUUAAGCGUAGGAAAAGACUUUCCCAUACGCGAUGCUUUUUAUAUGCGUUUCCUUCAUGGUGACUUAAAUGCAAUAUGUGAUGCUGGAUGAAGAGAACAAACUUGGAAUCGGGAGGAAAGGAUUAAAUGAA